UAUUGGUUAAUACGGUGCUUCUCACAAUUACAUCGCCUUCAUCAGAUCUGGUUGCCUCUUUUACGUAUGUAUCUCCUUCAUCGUUUGUCUGCUCAAUGCUUUUGGUUCUUCGUUUAAUAUUGCCUGUUGGUCGAAUUUAUUUCCUUUUGGUGCAUCUUCGGUAAUCAACAAUCAUGUCGUGGUGCACUAUCGAGUCUGAUCCUGGGGUUUUUACCGAACUUAUGCAGCAGAUGCAAGUAAAAGGUGUGCAGGUUGAGGAGUUGUAUUCUUUGGAUCUUGAUGAGCUCAACAGUCUUAGGCCUGUGUAUGGCUUGAUAUUCCUUUUCAAAUGGCGUCCUGGUGAAAAAGAUGAUCGCCUUGUGAUCAAGGACCCAAACCCAAACUUAUUUUUUGCUAGUCAGGUGAUAAACAAUGCUUGUGCUACUCAAGCAAUCCUUUCAAUCCUCCUGAACAGUCCAGAUGUUGAUAUUGGCCCAGAAUUAUCUGCACUAAAAGAAUUCACAAAGAAUUUCCCACCGGAGCUUAAAGGUUUAGCUAUCAAUAACAGUGAAGCAAUUCGCACAGCCCAUAAUAGUUUUGCAAGACCUGAGCCAUUUGUGCCCGAGGAGCAGAAAGCUGCUGGAAAAGAUGAUGAUGUAUAUCAUUUUAUCAGCUAUAUACCUGUGGAGGGUGUGUUGUAUGAGCUUGAUGGAUUGAAGGAGGGACCAAUCAGUCUUGGACCAUGCCCUGGUGGGCAAGGUGAUAUUGAGUGGUUGCGCAUGGUGCAACCCGUUAUUCAGGAACGUAUUGAGAGGUAUUCCCAAAGUGAAAUAAGAUUCAAUCUGAUGGCUGUAGUAAAGAACAGGAAAGAGGUGUAUACUGCAGAGCUGAAGGAGCUUCAAAAGAGGAGGGAGCGUAUUCUGCAGCAGCUUGCUGCAUCCCAGUCGGAGAGAAUGGUAGAUUGCAGCCAAGUGGAAUCACUAAAUAAAUCCUUAGCAGAAGUAAAUUCUGGUAUUGAAGCUGUUAGUGAUAAGAUAUUGAGGGAGGAGGAGAAGUUCAAGAAAUGGAAAACUGAAAAUAUCCGUCGGAAGCACAACUAUAUACCCUUUCUGUUCAACUUUUUGAAAAUUCUAGCUGAAAAGAAGCAGCUGAGACCUCUUAUAGAGAAGGCCAAACAGAAAACCACCAAUCCUAGAUGAAACUGUACUCUUUUCACAGGCUAGACAAUGUCGUAUUUGAUGAAGUGUUCUUAUGACUGGUUUUGAAUUAACCUCAGGAUUACAUCUCAUACAUUUCUUUGGUGGUCUCUUUCUCAAUUUACUGUUUCAUUUGUGGUUUUAA